AUGGCCCCGUCCUGGGUGCCCGCUGUGGGCUUCACAUUGGUGCCCAGCCUGGGGGCCUUCCUGAGCUCCAGCCCUGUCCGCGGAGAGGGUCUUCGCUGGUACGCCAGCCUGCAGAAGCCCUCCUGGCACCCACCCCACUGGGUGAUCGGCCCCAUCUGGGCCACGCUCUACUCGGCCAUGGGGUAUGGCUCCUACAUGGUCUGGAAAGAGCUGGGGGGCUUCUCAGAGGAGGCUGUGGUCCCCCUGGGCCUCUACGCUGGGCAGCUGGCCCUGAACUGGGCAUGGCCCCCCAUCUUCUUUGGUGCUCACCAAAUGGGCUGGGCCCUGGUGGACCUCCUGCUGCUGGGUGGGGCAGCGGCUGCCACCACUGUGGCCUGGCACCAAGUAUGCCCGCCGGCUGCUCGCCUGCUGUACCCGUACCUGGCCUGGCUGGCCUUUGCGGCCACACUCAACUAUCGCGUGUGGCAGGACAACCGCAGCCGGCGCAGUGGCCGGCGGUCCGAGUGA